GGUCCAAGUUGAAGUCCACAGGAAGAAGUGCUGCUGUGGAGAAGAAAGAGAAAGGAGUGUCAGCAGAGGAGGAUGAAAAACCUCAGAAACCACGAGAUCCCAACAUGGUCAUCCAUGUGUGCGAUGAGACCAAGAACCUGAAGCAGGACUUCACUUGUCCCAGAGAUCUUCUGGUCAAGGAGAUGCGUUACUUUGCUGAAUAUUUAUCUGUGGACCCCCAGAGGUGGGAGGAAGUUGACAUCUCAGUCCACUGUGACGUGCAGAUCUUUGACUGGCUUAUGAACUACGUCAGGAGGAACUCAGCAGGAGAGGGAAACAAGGACAAACCCCGACUUGAGCCCAGCAAUGUGAUCUCAAUCCUGAUCUCCUCCGAGUUCUUGAAGAUGGACACGUUAGUGGAGGAGUGCAUCCAGUACUGCCACAAGCACAUGAGUGCCAUUGUGGCUACUCCCUGCAACAUGAACUGCAUAAACAGCAACCUGGCCACACGGAUCGCUGAACUCUUCAGCCACAACGAGGCCGACGACAUCAGGGACAAAAAGGACAAGUUUAAAAGCAAACUGUUUCAAAAGAAAAUUGAGCGACUCUUUGACCCAAACUACCAGAACAGAGAUUCACCUGGAAAUGCCUCAACUCUGUACAGGUGUGGUCUGUGCCUUAAGCUGUUGACCAAAGACACAGAGAGGAAAAUUUCUUGUGUUCCGGGCAAAAUCAAUAUUGACGCUCGUGGAGAAAUCAUCUAUACACACAUCAGACAGAAGAGUUGGGAUGUGCACGAAUACAUCACAGGCCUGUAUGAGGAGCUCAAGUCCUGGGUCUUGGUUUACUGGAGAAUCUGGGGUACCAUCAACUACCUCACCUGCUUCCGAUGCCAGCAGGUGUUUGUAUGUGCAGAGCUGACGCAGUGCAAGUACCACCCAGACAGCGUCCUGUACCCUGGCAUGGAUACAGAGAGAGGCUGGCACGGUGCAGGAAUAUAUCCGUGCUGCAACCAGCGGGUUCUCCGCUUUGACCCCACUGGGAUACCAAAGGGCUGUAAGACGCGGGAUCACAUAGUGAAUGUGCCCGAUGAGGAGAACUGUGACGAGGAGACUUCAGCCCAGACCCGAGUCCUCAAUGACCUGCUGCUGCACAGAGAUGCUGUGUGUGUGUCAAACUCUCCAUCGGCAGAGGGUGCUGAGGAGAGCCAGUCCAGUGCAGAAAAAGUUCAGGACUGUGACGUUCUCUUGGAGCCAACAGUCCUCAGAUCUCUGAGAGGAGAUGGCAGCACCUUUUCCCUUUUGAAAAACUGGAGUCUUCAGCUGAGACAGCAGUCUCUUCUGUCAGAGGAUGAGGAGUACACCACAGGGUCAGAGGUCACUGAAGACGAGGUUGGGGAUGAAGAGGAACUCUCUAAGAAGCAAGCUGCUAAGAAGGCCAAAAAGGCUCACAGACCUCUGAAAAAACAGCUGUCCUCGCCAAACUUCCAACGCAAAGAAAAAUCUGAGAAAUCACAGACCAGGGACAACACGCCUUUCACAGUAAGCGUCCAGAAGAGUAAGUGGGACAGCUCUCGCUCUAUGCGCUACAACCAGGACGCUCAGCGAGAGGAAGACCAGCGCCGCAUGGUGGAGAUCAUUGGCUACCUGACAAAGAUGAGGUUUGGAGACCAGGAACAGAGUAAAUCCAAGGAUACUAAAGAGCCUGCAGGGGGGAUCUACUCCAGACUUGAAGUGCAAUUUAGGAGCUCCUCUCAAGUCAGACAGAGUUCAGAAAAGACACCCAGGUCUAAAACACGCUACGCUCAAAUCCGAACAACAUAAAGAAGCUAAUGGGGGGAAAAAGGCAGUGGAGCUGCUAAAUAGACCAGCAUUAAACCCGAUGACGAGGACAGAGACUUGCUCCUCAACCCCAGCACUUGUCAGCCCCCCCGCCCCUGCUUAACUCAGGUGACUAUGUAUUGAUCACCGUCAACCACAUCUCCUCUCACUCGGCCCACUGUGUGUUUGUUCAGCUGCAUCCAGUCCACAAAAACAGCAGAACUGUGGACCCAUCUCGGCUCAUUAGAAAUGCACUUUGACUUUCCUCAGUGUUUCUUUAAAGACGGACAGGUGGGGAUUUCUACAGAAGGCAACUGGAGAAACGUAUGGAAGUCCACUCAUGCCAGUGGGAAAAGAAAAAGUCAUUUGUAUUUCAGAAAAUAUUUCAUAGCAAUGACAAACAUGUAUCUUAUUGUAAAAUACAUAGUUUCUGUCUGUCCACCAACUCCUACACAAUCAGGAGUUAAUCAACCAAACUUGGCACACAGGUACAUCUUAGGCCCCUAUAAGUUCUUACCUAUAUCAGAUACUAUGGUGUAAUCACAUUACACAACUACCUACUGACCAACUAAAAGGACACACUUUGUGUUUAUGCACCUAUCUCACCUUAUACAAGCAUUGUAUCAUUUCAGUUUCACAACAGUAGCAUCUCAUUUACAUCAGAUGUUAUAGUUGUGAAUAUUUUGAUAUGCAAUAUCAUCGUGUUGCUUGGCAACCACCUGGUAACAGAAUAAAAAUACAUUUAUGUAGUAGAGCAGGACAUGGGAUGUAGUAGUAAAGGUACAUUUAAAAAAGAAAGAAAUUACAAAAAUGCCACAACAGAAAAAAGUUUUGAUGUUUAAAAAAAAAAAAGCAUAAAUCAAAUUGACUUGAACUGAAGAAAAAAACUACAUCAGGAUACUGGAAAACAUGUGUCUAAAGCUCCAAUGACAUUUUUUUUAAAUGCUGAAUUGAGAUCAAAUUUAAUUUUGAGGUUAAGAAGUAAAAUUGAGAUAAAUGUAUUAUAUGUUAUAUGAAAAUCGGUCAAAAAGAUGUCAUGAGAAAAAUUUAUGAAAAAAAAAAAUCAUUUUCUUAAACUGGCACUGAUUAUCUUCCUGGAUGGCUAAUUGAAGAUGUUACCUUCUUAAACUGACAUCUUAUUUCCACCAUAGUGGAAGGUCAGAGACGUGUCGCAUGGAAAUUUUACUGCAUCAACUGAAAUUUACACCCAGCCUUACAUUUACACUGUAAUUCUGCCUGCGUUCUGUGUAAAGCUCAUUCUGUAGGUGAGAAGGAUGCCACAUUUGUUCCACCAAGUUCUGGUAGAGAUGUAGUUCUAGUCUUUCCUGUGUUUACUGGAACGUGACUGUGCCAUGUACCACACCUAGGCCAAUAAAAUACAAGUGGCUAAAUCCA